AUGCCUUUCAAGCCCUUCGCACAUCUCGCUCGAGUUAGUCUUGCCAAGGGAAUCGCUCAUACUUAUGCUCCUUCUGUUGUCGCUGCUGGUCAGUCACUAGGUCAAUUUCAGAAUUACCCGGUCGCCAAAUUCACAAAGACCACCCAACUUCAAAAUACCUUCUCGAGUCCUUCGGGCUCCGGUGCCGGUGCGAAGGCUGGCUACAAUUCGCAGUCCAGCGGCGGUGAUGCUGGUCUCGCCCAAUACUACGCUGCGUGGCAGCAUGCGCAACAAACAGGUGAUGACUCGGAUUGGAAACAACAUCAGGUCGCAAGAAGAAUAGGAUGGAAACACCAAGAGAAGGUCAUCCCGUCGAAGCACCAGCGACUUGAUUCCUCUCGUCCCGUCGAUAUCCUCCGUCCUUCCGCUCGACUGUCUGUCUCUCGUGUGAACAGCGAGCGCGCCACUCCACAGAUUCAAGAGCCGGAAGAGGUUCUUGCAGAAGCUGAAGCACUUGCCAAGGUCGAUGAGGCGAUUGCAAACGAGAUUAAAGAUGUGAAGGCAUCACCACGGAUUGAAGAGAUUGCUGCGGAUGAUGAAGUAGGCAGUCCCGUUGCCAGCACCAGAGCAGGAACGCCGGUGCUGGAGACCAGUACCACCGACCCGGAGUCUUCGUCCUCACAGGAGCACACGACACCACCCACAGAUGCCACCUCCCUUGCCUCCGAGGAGUCGGUUCUCUCCGAUCAGAUCGUUCAACUUGGUCAGCAGCAUCGAUAUAAUGAGAUUCCAGCUCUCUUUGAGGCGAUAAUCAAGGAUGGCCAUGUGCCCAGCGUUGAUGCCUACAACCACAUUCUGGUGUCUGCGAUCAAUUUGAGCAGUGGCUAUCAGCCAUGGCCCAGAGCACUCGAGGUGUAUGGCGACAUGACCAAGCGUGCUGUCGAGCUCAAUGCCACGUCAUACAUGAUCCUUCUUCGAUUCUUAGCCGCAAGAAGUCUCGAGGCCUAUCGAGUGCAGAAGAAUCUGGGUGAACGCGCCGCUCGAUACGGAAGCGAGGGCGCUUUGGUCUUCCCCUCUGCUACCAGACAGCAACAACUCUAUGCGGCUGACACAUCUCUUGCAUUUGCCACCAAGCUCUACAACAUUGCUCGGGCGACUCUUGACGACUUCCACCUCUCCGCGGCUGUCUCCAACGCUCUUGUCAAGGCUUGUGCCCAAGCGGGCUUGGUUGAUCCCAUGAACAGCCUCCUAGCUGACAUGAAGGCCCGGAACAUUCCUCUGGAACCCCGCCUCUACACCAUCGUCAUUGACGCCCAGGGCUCGAAGCAAGAUAUUCAUGCCGCCCAAGACCUGUAUGAGGAAUACCGCGACUUAGCCAUCAGUCGAGCUGCCAAUGACCCCCUCGACAUGCAAGUCUACGCGUCCUUGAUCAAAGCAUACUAUGCGUGUGGACUUGCCGAAGCCGGUCUCCAUUUCUAUGAGAAGAUCUUGCAAUCGUUCAAGAAUUCAGCCAACGAGAAGAUCCUUUCAGACCAAUUGACCACUUCUUUCGUCCUCGACGGCCUAGUCCAACAUUACAUUGACAACAAGGCCUUUUCCGAGGCGAUCUCGAGUAUCGACGGAUUCGCUUUGCAGCCUGUUGCUCGAGACCAAGCGUUGUCCAGGAUCUCCGUCGCUGCCGCCGACGCUGGUCAUGCCGAGGAUGCUGUCGCCAGUUUUGAUGCGAUCAAUGUCACCAAUUUGGAAGCAGAACCCGUCAUGGCACUGGUGGCCAUGCAUAUUCGAGCUGGCGAUAUCACUCAAGCCCAAUCGGCCUGGAACAAGGCUCGUUCAUUACCGAUCGUCCCCAGCACCGAUUUUGCAACCAUGUACGCAUUGGCCUUGAUCGCCAACGGGUCGAUCGAAGAAGGUGUCGCUGAAGCUCGGUCGAUGUUCCAGCGGAUUCGUGCUUCAGCCACCAACGAAGCCAGUCGUCAGCUCGCGGUUGCAGAGAUCGAUGAAGCCAUCGUUCUUUUCGGCGAAUCCUUUACGCAACAACACGCCGUCGUCUCUGCCCCCACCAGUGUCUCAUUGUUGCGAGCCAUGAUCGAAAACGGGGGUCUCGUCUCUCCGGUUGCUCAGCAGGCUAUCGCCAGUCUGGGACCCGACUGCGUCGAUCAGCUCAACGCCCAGGACAUUGCGUUGGCUCUUCACGUGCAGGCCCAGAUGCUCAUGUCUCACGAGUCUGUUGAUAUGGCACACCCACUUCGAUUCUCCCACCUUCUCGAGACGGUCUUGAACCGUGGCAUUCUUAUGGAUCCAUCCACGGUGCAUAUUGUGAGCGAGAGCUUGCCCAAGGUUGCCGCCACUCGGCCCGACCUCUUGCAACGCUGGCAAGAACUUCUCCAUCCUGCCCCUCCCGCUCCGGUCCAUAUGCAACCGUCGUCGCCUCUGUCACCUCAUCCAGCACUUCUGGACCCCGUCUCAGCGGCAGAUUCUUACGAUCCGUAUGCUCACACGACGGAUUAUCGUGCCUCCAAGGCUAUCUCGGAGUUGGUGGAAAGCACUACCGGACGCAUCGAAAAUCAUCUUAACGAUGGUCUUGCCCGUUUGAGGAAUGUUCGUCGUGCUGGGAGGAAUCUGCAUUACUCUGCAUAUGCGAAGUUGAUCGCUGCUGCUGGCAAAGCCAAGCAACCCAACUUGACUCAUGAGAUCCUUAGCAUGGCACACGCCGAUGUUCCGAUGACGCUGCAGAUUCCCUCUGUCCGCACCGGAUGGAUCUCUAUCCUGGACUCGAUGAUUGCAGCUUGCUUGACUGUGGGUGAUCGCCAACGGGCUAGUCAGUAUCACCAAGACCUCCUGGACAUGGGGGCGGCUCCAUCGGCCAACACGUUCGGCAUUUAUAUCACCACUCUUGAAGGCACUUUCGACGAGGCCACGGAGGCGGUCAAGAUCUUCCAGCGCGCCCUUUCGGAGGGUGUUGCUCCUAGUGUCUUCCUCUAUAACGCGGUCAUUGGCAAGCUGGGUAAAGCUCGGCGUAUCGAUGACUGCCUUCGAUAUUUCGGCGAUAUGGAAGGUCGGGGGAUUCGACCGUCAUCCGUCACUUAUGGUACGCUGGUCAAUGCUCUCUGCAGAACAAGCGAAGAGCGCUUUGCCGUGGACAUGUUUGAUGAAAUGGAAGCCGCACCAAACUAUCGACCUCGACCGGCUCCUUACAAUUCUAUCAUUCAAUACUUCCUCAACACCAAGCGUGACCGAAGCAAGGUUCUUCAGUACUAUGAGCGCAUGAAGUCCAAGAACAUCAAGCCGACUUCUCACACCUACAAACUGCUUAUUGAGUCAUAUGCGUCGCUGGAACCGGUCAGCCUCGCUGCGGCUGAGGCCAUCCUCUCCGAAAUGAAACAGUCGGGUGUUCAGCCCGAGGCCGUGCACUAUGGAUCGUUGAUUCAUGCCAAGGGGUGCGUCAUGCACGACAUGCCCGCCGCCAAGGCAGUCUUCGAUUCUGUUUUGAAAGAGGGAAGCAUUCGCCCCACUGAUACUCUGUACCAGAAUCUCCUGGAGGCGAUGGUUGCCAAUCACGAAGUCGCCAACACCCCGGAGGUACUGGCCGAUAUGACUCGACGUGGUGUUGCCAUGACUCCAUACAUUGCCAAUACGCUCAUCCAUGGAUGGGCUAGUGAAGGCGGUAUUGCGAAGGCCAAGGCUAUCUAUGAUAACCUGGGCACGGAUAAACGUGAACCAAGCACGUAUGAAGCAAUGACCCGGGCAUUCUUGUCUGCAGAGGACCGCGCCAGCGCCAAUGUAGUUGUCCAAGAAAUGUUGAGAAAGGGGUACCCAGCGGCCGUCACGGACAAGGUACUUGUCCUGGUGGGAGGAAUUACUGCCUGA